AUGAGUAAGAUCCUUCCUCUUUUCCCUAAUAAAUAUCAAGUUAAAUUGGUAGCAUCCAGUGAUUCUAAAUCAUGUACCAUUUGUUAUAAACCAACGACGACAGUAAUGUUAUGUGAAAAUAAGUUAGAUUUCUUUUAUGUCUGUCCUCAACAUCUACAAGACGAGAACUUUGCAUCACCAAUUCAUCAACCUGAUUAUCUUGAACUCAUGAAAACAAAAGAUGAAUUAAUGAAAAAGAAAGAAAAAUUGGAUAAAGAUAUCGAAGUAGAAUCUCCAUAUCUUUGGAAUAAAGUAUCUGAUUAUUGGAAGAAAAAGGAAGAUAAUCCAAAAGAAUCAGAAAAGACAAAAUAUGAAAAAUUAAAAGAUGAAAUGAAAGAAGUUUUAGUUGAUUUGGAAAAGAAUACCAAUCAAAUUAAGCAAUAUAAAUUUAAAUUAUAUAAAUUACAUGAUGCCAUGUAUAAGAGUAGAUUAAUGUUGCAUCAAAAGAAGAAAUAUAAUAAAGAAAGAUCGGAAAAGAUGCAGCAAGAAGGAUUUUUCCCCAGUGCUCCUUCCAAUAAGAUUGAAUAG